CUGCUUCUGUUUUCGUAAAUUCGUCAAUUUGAGUUAACCUUGAAACGUUAUAAUUCAUUUCUUUUAAAUUAAAGUUUAGUUAUAGCUUUAAAUCAUAAUUUUCAAUUUCAAUCUAAUUUUCAAACGUUUUGAAGAAAAUACAGCUGCCUGCCAGACUCAAAUUAUUUAAUUUCUUCUUAUGUUUUCAUAACAAGUAAUAACUUUUCCCCAUUGCCAUAUUCUAUGAUAUAUAGAUUUACUUUAAGACUUCAAAAUAGCAAAAAGAUUUAGUUCCGAUCGAUGAAAGGCAAAUGAUCCGAUUUGGUUCUACUUAAGAUAAAUUUUAAUGGCAGUACGGUGUUCGUCAUUUUAAAAGCCGGUAAAUUUGGAAUUAAGCCUUUAAUCACUUUGCACUUGAAUUUUAAAUAGCAACUAAAAUGCACUGUUAUUUACUUCCUUCCAGUCUUUGUAUCUGAACUACUGAAGGGAAGUAUGAAGCAACACGAAUAACAGCGGCUAGACUCACUACAAAGGUGCAGUGGCGCGUUAAUCAGAAUUAUCAUUUUCAAGAAAGAAAACAAAAAAAGAAAUAAUUUUCCUCGGAAAGUUUGAGUUGGCAACAAGAGGACAAGAAGAUCGUUAUUUUACAAUAACUUCAUCAAAAGGCACUGUUUGUAUUGGAGAUAGUCUACCGAGGCAGAGACAUCUGGGCAAACGCUUUUACGUCCAAGAAAUCUUAAGUAAACUGAUCUGUGUGAACAAGACAUCACUAUGAGCAGCAACUCAAGCACGGAGUCACCAGAAAAAUACGACGAAAUUCAUAUUGCCCUCUCGUGCACUUUUGUCGUGUUAAUAAUUCUACUGGCCAUCUUUGGCAACGUGUUCGUUAUACAAGCAUUCAAACGGUUCCGUCGACUCCGCCAUGUCACCAACUACUUCGUCGUGUCAUUAGCUGUCACGGACAUUUUGGUGGCGUUGAUCUCCAUGCCGGUGUGGGUCGCUCACAUAAUAUCUGGCCCAGCACUAUUCCUGAACAAACCUUUACUGCAACAAUUAUGGACAGUGACCGAUAUCAUGGUGAGUGUCGCAUCUAUCUGGCAUUUAACAUUUGUGAGCAUCGACCGUCAUCUGUGCAUCACAGGACCUCUACUUUACCACUCACGGAUGACCAGCAAAAGAGGCAUUAUCAUUCUCGUCACCAUAUGGUGUUACUCCAUUGUGGUUGCUUCUCUGGCGCCCACUUUCUGGAACAGUGACUUGUACACGUUGGUGAUAGUUGUGCUUAAUUAUGCAGUUCCUGUUAUAAUUAUUCUCUUUGCAUACGUGAACAUAUUUAGAGCUGCACGACACCAAGCAAAGCAGAUCGACAUGACAAUUAAUGGAAAAUCCAGACGGUUUUCCCUUAGCGCCGAGUUAAAGGCAGCAAAAACGCUGGGCGUGGUGAUUGGAGCUUUCAUCGUGUGUUGGUCUCCUUUCUUCGCACUUAACUUAAAUUAUUACAUCUGCCGCUGUCCACCUCCACCUCUUAUUGUGUCUGUCGCCAAGUGGAUGCAUUAUGGGAAUUCGAUGCUCAAUCCACUCAUUUACGGGCUUAUGAACAAAGACUUCAGGUACGCUUUUAAGAAGCUGUUCACGGGUUACUUAUCUUUUCAGAAGAGCAAGAAGCUGAGCGGUCGUUCUGCGACAACCAAUGCAAGUAGCGGCGAAAACAAGGACGAAGAGUAUGCACACAUAGGAAAAAAUGAUUGUACUAAUCUCUAGCUGAGAACGCAGUUCUUGCUGCCCAGUCAAGGCAUGCUAGAUGAAUCCCAGAGCGCAACCCAAGAUGCCUCAAUCCAUCAAGGAAAACCAGAUGCAAAACAUCUCAAACGAUUUACAAUUGACCAACAAUUGAAAACACUUUUUCAUGUUGAAUCAUACAUUUUCCUUUCCAGUAGAUUAGACUAACCUGGUAGAGGAGGUUUCUGAUAUGUUGCUAAACGUCCAGAGCCUGGUUGCUCGAAAGCCGGUUGACCCUAACCCGGGAUUAAAAUUUAACCGAAUUAUUGCCUUUUUUGUGUAAAAAUGUUUUUCACUGCUUAUGUUUUGCGUAGUUUGCAUUGAGAUUAUUCAAAUUCAAUUAAACUGAAGGGCAAGCAAUGUAAGCAGAAAGCCUCACCGAAAAGUUACAAAACUUGGAGCAAAAUUCUCGCUAAUCCUGGGAUAGCUAAAUCGGGCUUUGAACAACCCGGCCCAGAAGCCCGUUUCUCGAAAACCCAGGAAUCUUUUCGGGCCAGCAAAACCAUUUUUAGUUAAUCUGUAUCUAAAAACAGAGAGGUUUAUACGCCUGAAACUUCUCGUAAGAAGGGAGCCGCUGUUUGUAUUUAGUGUAUGUGAAUAAAACAGCUCUGUAAUCAUAAGGUUUGAGAUUUUGCUAUGGCUUUUCGGGUGCGAAAACGUUUCAGGACCUUUGAGAAAUGGGUCCCUGAACAUUUACCAUGAACAGAUUAAAAACAUACGAGUAAACGGAAAUGGAAAACUGUUCCCAUAGGAAACUAAAGAAAAACUUGUCCAGUUGGCUAGCUGGUGUUUCUCGAUCCGGAGUCGAGCGCACUAACCACAAGGCUACCACGCCUCCCUCCCGAGCCUCUUCUUGGUUAGAGAUUUCUGAAAUAAUUGCAGAUUUCUUGAUAAAGUUGUUAUAUAUAGAUGCCUAUGGCUUGCUCUUUAAAGACAAAAACAGACUCGCGAAGUAAGGUGCGGUAAAAAUUAAUGUAGUAUCAGAUAUAAAGGAAAAUUUUAUAUAGUUGAGUAAAAGCUUCUUUACAA